UCGCGUCGUCUCUACCAGCUGCCACGCGUUUCUUCAACAUCUACUCUUCGUGACAUUUACCAAACACAUCAUGUACGGCCAGACUGCUGCACAGAAGAACAAGAGGAGACACCAUUCUCGUCCAGAGCUGUCGGACGAGCAAAAACAGGAAAUCAAGGAGGCUUUCGAGCUUUUCGAUACGGACAAAGACGGCACAAUCGACUACCACGAACUCAAGGUGGCAAUGCGGGCACUAGGUUUCGACCUGAAGAAAGCUGAGGUGCUGAAGAUCCUUCGGGACCAUGAUAAGUCAGGGCAUGGCCUCAUAGGUUUCGAAGACUUCGCCAAAAUCAUGAGCGAACGAAUACUCGCGAGGGAUCCUCAGGAAGAGAUCCGUCGGGCUUUCCAACUAUUCGAUGAUGACAACACAGGCAAAAUCAGCUUGAAGAACCUGCGCCGCGUGGCGAAGGAAAUUGGCGACCGUCUAGAAGACGAUGAACUACAAGCCAUGAUUGAUGAGUUCGAUCUUGAUCAGGAUGGGGAGAUCAACGAACAAGAGUUCUUCGCUAUUAUGACCGAUGAGGCAUAGUUGGAUUGAGUCUUGCUGUGUACCACUGUCCACAUCUCCUCGCCUUUCCCGCUGAGUGUUGCUGCUGUAUCAUCCAUUUCUUCUGCAAUGUCUCGUCAUUUUCAAGUCAUUUUUGUUGGGCCUAGACUCCCACAUGGACAUCCUUGUAAUCAUAUGCCACAGUAGUGAAAUAUUCAAAUGACUCCCGCAGUUCCUCAC